GUGUCUGACCUCCACAGCAUCAUAAAACACAAAGAAGCCAAUGAAAAUGAAGGAUUUAUCAAAGAAUUCAAGACGCUUCCGUACGGAGAAAGGUUUGAUUGCCACACGGCCAAACUGGCGGAGAAUAUGCCGAAGAACAGGUUUAAAACAACUUUUCCAUAUGAUCACUCAAGGGUUGUUUUGGAAACAAGUGACGACUUUUCAUCAGACUACAUCAAUGCGAACUAUAUUGGGAACUCUGAAGGUCACCGUGAAUAUAUCGCAUGCCAAGGCCCUCGUGUCAACACUGUUGUUGAUCACUGGAGAAUGAUCUGGCAGGAAAACAUUGAGUAUAUCGUGAUGCUUACAAAUCUUAUAGAAGGACCAAAGGUAAAAUGCCACCAGUACUGGCCAGAUGAAAACAAAGAACUUGAUGUUAAUCCAUUUUCUGUAACUCUUGUUGAGGAAAAAGUUUACGCAUAUUUUGUGAUUAGAAGAAUGUCAUUGCGAAAAAAGAGAGUCACAGGGUCAAGGACGGUCGUACAGUUUCACUACACAAGAUGGCCGGAUCACGGAACCCCUAACCCAUUAGAUCUGGUUGUUUUCCACAGACAGUUCCGACAUAAAAUAAAACCUUCAAACCACCCUAUUCUUGUACACUGCAGUGCGGGGAUUGGUAGGACAGGUACAUUUAUAGCUCUGGACGUGUUGUCAAGAUAUGGUGAGAAGAAAGGAAAAAUCAACGUUGUGGAGUUCGUUAAAGCUAUGCGAAAAGACCGAAUGACAAUGAUUCAAAAUGCAGAACAAUAUGCCUUCCUUUAUCAUGCCUUGUACGAGUUCUUCCGUCGAAAAGGGAAAUUUGUAGGAGAAGGUGAUUUCGUUCAGCUAUAUGGAGAUAUGGAAAAACAGGAAACAAGAAAACGAUUUACAGAUGAGUUCAAUGAACUGACACUUUUGAGACCAAAUUACAAUGAGAAUGAUUUUAAAACAGGCAAGAAAAAUCAAAACCUGAACAUAGUGAAGGCAGUUUUACCAGUUGAGCAAUAUCUUGUGUAUUUGACUUCCCAUAUUCAUGGACGAGAACCUUACUAUAAUGCAGUAUCUCUAUCAUCCUUUAGUCGAGCCGAGGAGUUUAUUUCUGCGCAACAUCCGGUAUCUGGUGCUGCAAUUGAUCUUGUUAGACUCUUGCUCGAUCAGGAAUCAGCGUUCCUGAUUUCAUUAAAUCCUUUAGCUGAUAUUGAUGAGCUUAAAGACUGGGUGUCAGCAGAUAUCAAAACUUUAAAACUAAAUCCAUAUGAUAUCGCAAAGAUUGAGCAGAGAACAAUUUCUAAAGAAAUGCGAAAAACUACCGUGCAGAUUCAAAGACAAGAGAAAAACUCAAAGACCCAUAAACUGCAAAUCUUUGAAUGUCUCAACUGGAAGACCACUGACAAAUUUCCACCUCAACCGUCCAUAUUGACAGAUUUAAUCAAACAAUUCAGCCUUGAUCGUAAAUCUGACACUGGUGGACCAAUAACCGUCAUAUCGAAAGAUGGCGCCACUUGUUGUGGUGUUUUCAUUGCUGUAUAUAACGCAAUAGAACAACUAAAGAUGGACGGUGAAGUUGACAUUCCUUCCAUCGUGCAACAGCUGCAGAUACGGAGACCGGAAAUGAUAUCAACAAAGGAAGAGUAUGAGUUCUGUUUCAAAGCUGUAUGUGAUUAUCUGAAUAUGGACAGUGUGUACGCAAAUACCUAAAACUCGCAAAUACUCAUCUAUUGUGAAAUGCCAAGUCGACUUACUUAGAAUACAUGUACCUGGUAUAGUUGUUUCCUUGAAAUGUAGACAUAAUUAUGAUAAUUGUAAAUAAGUAUUUCUUACUCAGUUAAAACUAAGGCUUAUAUAACAAUUUUCAUGUCGCAUAAAUUUAUUAUUUGUUUAUUUUUUCUACUUUCCCACUUGAGAGGCGUGGAAGGGUUAAGCAAAAAUGGUUAUUUCCCACCAAACCUUCUGUUCAAUUGAAGGAACUUGCGUGUAUAUAUUUUCUGUUUCUUCUACAGAGAGUGAAAAUUUAGUGAUAAUUUCACAGAAUCAUUUAGACAUCGUUUUAUUGUGAACUUUUUUUUAUAUUUCGAUGCAGGAACAGUUAUAUGGGGUAUCCGAGUUAAUUCUGGGUAUAGCUUUACUUUGUAAAGUAUGUCGGUAUCCGUCUUGUCUUUCUCCAUUAAAUAAAAUUUAAAUCACAAAAGCUCUUUAUUUAAAACUAUUUUGUAGCUUUUGCUUAUAUGUUCGUUGAACAAAUUUUUUGGGCUUUCCAUAGAAAAACACAUAUGGAUGUGUCGUCAACCCUAAUAUCCGUUAUCUUUUAUCUUUAAUAUUACUCUUUCUAUGCCCCAACUAGAAUUUAAUGGGAUUUUCAAAGAAUUUUUGUGAAACAUAUAUCAAUCAGAAAAGACAAAGCGUUUGACCUAACAAAACAUAAUUACCGCCAUUGUUUUACAAUACUGUUGGUUUACCGGAUUGUCGCAAUGGUUCAUGUAAAAACAUCUGCUCUAGUGCCGCACGGAUAGUAAUUAAUCCGUACUUCGUUUGUUCGGAUCCCACUAUAGGACAUUAAUACUUGUCCUUUGGAUGAUACCUUAUAAUCCAAGAUUCAGAGUAGCUGAAGGUGAUUUCAAGAGAAAGAUCCCUUACCGCUCCGUAACUCUGAGCGCCGAGUAUAUGUCAAACUUCCAGUUCUCCACCUUCCAGUGAUGGCGUCUCCAUAAAAGUGAAUAGAUCUCGAAAAGGACGUUAAACAACAAACAAAUCAUUAUAAGCGUCCAUUUUCUACUAAUAUCUCCUUUUACACUAUUGAUACUGAGUUACAAAUAAUGUGACUUUCACAGAAUCUUUAUCAUAUUAUGUCAAUAUGCACCUUCUUAUUUACAGUCUGUUUAAACAGAUAUUUCCAUUUUUACAUAUAAAAAAAACUUACACUUGGCAUAUACUCAA